AUGGAGCAGCAACACGAGUCCAACAUGCCCGAUGAAAAGGGAUUGAAUAACAGUGUCGAGGCUCCUGGGGUUGAUCUUGGACAGAUUCUUGCUGUCACAUCAACGCCCGAGGAAGAGCAAAGAGUACUCCGGAAGCUCGAUUUUAUUCUAAUCCCAUUGAUGGGAUGCGCCUACUUCCUCCAAUUUCUCGACAAACUAGCCCUCAGUCAGGCAACGUUGUUCAACCUUCGACAAGACUUAGGUAUGCAUGGCUCGCAAUACUCGUGGAGCUCUGCAAUAUUUUAUUUUGGGUAUUUUCUCUGGAGUUGGCCGAGUUCAUACAUUAUUGUGCGGUUUCCCAUCGGAAAAUACCUCGCUAUCUCAAUUUUUAUCUGGGGUGGCAUCCUGAUGUGCCAUGCCGCCUGUACAAGCUUCGCUGGACUAGCGGUGGCUCGGUUCUUCCUGGGCAUGGGAGAAGCUGCUAUUGCACCGGGAUUUACCCUCCUUACUGGUAUGUUCUAUAAGCGGGAAGAGCAGCCUGUUCGUCAAUCUGCUUGGUUCUUUGGCAACUGCAUUGCGGUGCUCUUCGGGGGUCUAAUCGCAAAUGCCAUUGGCCAUAUCAACACAUCAACGAUUGCACACUGGAAGCUUCUGUUCUUGAUCCUUGGUGCAAUCACUUCAACUUAUUCCUUGGUACUGUUCGUUUUUCUUCCCGACUCAGUUGCAAAGGCCAAGUUUCUGAAGCCGAAUGAACGGGCAAUUGCCGUGCAGCGAACGCUGAAGAACAAGACUGGGGUCUUGGAUAAUGGAGUUUUUAAAUGGAGCCAAGCAAAAGAGGCUGCAAUUGACCCCCAGAUCUGGCUCCUGGUUCUCAACUCGUUCACCUCGAACCUCUGCAAUGGUGGAAUUACAACUUUCACGUCUAUCAUCACUGCCGGCUUCGGCUUCAGCGAUUUGCAGGCGCUGCUAAUGCAAAUGCCACAAGGCGCCGCGGAGAUUGUCUUCCUUACUAUCUCUGCCGUGGCUGUCACAUUGAUUCGAUCCUCUCGCAUCAUUUUUAUGAUUUUAAAUACAAUCGUUUCCGUUAUUGGUUUGGCCCUCGUUUGGAAGUUGCCGGAAAAUGAAAAAGUCGGACGCAUGGUCGGCUUGACGCUCGCUGUCGUCUACGCAAUCAAUCUGCCCAUUUCGCUGAGCGUGGUUACUUCCAACGUGGCCGGCUUUUCAAAGAAAUCGGUUUGCAGCGCGUUGGUUUUUAUUUCAUACUGCAUGGGUAAUAUUGUUGGUCCCCAAUUUUUCAUUCAAUCACAGGAACCUGAAUAUACAAUGGGCAUUGAAGCAGCCAUGUCGGGAUUGGUUUUGAGUAUUUUCUUCUUAAUCCUUUUGUACGUUUACUAUACGUGCGAGAACCGCCGCAGGGAUAGGCUCUAUGGACACUCGGAAGAGAACACUGUUGGGCAGGAGUUGCAAGAUGGACUCUCAAACAAAACUGAUCGUCAGCUUGACAGUUUCCGUUAUAUUCUGUGA